UGCCAUUUUGAGGGGUCGGUGGUGCCUGCGCAGCUUGGUUUGGCGCUCGCUCCGUGCCGAGGCACAGGCGCUCCCGCACCCUCCCGUCCGCUCCUGCCGUCGCCUCCGAGGACGCCUGGGCGAAGAGCUGCUCUCCUCAGCCCUUCUAUCCUUCUCCUGGCCGUACGCGUAGUCCUCCACCGCUUCUCCGGAAUUUCUAUGCCCGCCGCCCUCCUCCGUAGGAGCCGCUAGCGCAGGGACCGCGUCCUCCUCCUCGUUCCGCCGCCGCCUUCGCCUCUUCCUCCUUCUCCUCUUCCGCUCUCCGCCACCAUUUCCCCACUCCCCGGACCCGGGGCGCUGAGCUAGACUAUGGGGACCAGGUCGGGGCCGAGCGGCGGCAGAGCGGGCGGCCCGGUCACCGUGUCCCCUGCGGCAGGGAUGGGGGGGCUCCGCGGCUUCGUGGCUUUAUCUUGACAUGGCUCCUCUCCGUGCUGCCAGCAGCGCCGCCGCCUCCUCCUCCUCCACUGCUCCUCCUGCGCCCGCCGGCUGCGGGUAGAGAGCGGCCACGGCCCCGGGCUCUCGUCGGAGCCUCUCAGUCUCUUGCUUAACUGGGGGGGGGAAGGUUUCGGGAGGGGUUCCUUUUGUUUUGUUUUUGGUUUUCCUUUCUUUCUUCUCCUUUCUCUCCAGACAGAGAAGGGAGGGGAAUACUUUUUUCCCCCCUCCUCUUCUUAACCUGGUCCGACGAAUUGCUUAACCUAAAAACUUUUUAACCCCGACUAAUCAAACACCUGUGGUGGGGGAAAAAAAAAAUGUCUGGAGAGAGGAAGAAAAUAACCUGAUAAUUGGGGAUUUGCUUUUUUUUUUUUUUUUUUUUAAGGGCGAGGGAGGGUGUUUUAGAGGUUUAAAAUUGCAACGCAGAUUUGCAAUUGAACAAACCUUGCAAAAAAAAAAAUAUUCACACUGAAAAGCAGGAGCAAAAAAAAAAAAAAAAACCAAACCACUCCAUGUUUCCCGAGUCGUGGCCAUGAAGUGAGAGGGGAGAGACGCGGUGCUGCUGUGGGUGUCCCGCCGCCCCGGGCGCUGCCGCCCUGUUUGCUGAGAGGGGCCGAAGGGAGAGCCAAAGAGCGCCGGCCAUGCACAGCCUCGGCUGACCGUGCUCGCAGCCGCAGAGAGAGAGAGAGAGAGAAGGAUCCCCGGGGGAUCAGCAGCCCAGGGAGUGUAUGAGGUGUCGGGGAAUGUAGGGCUCUCCCAGUGUUAGGGAGCCCGGGUUUGGGGCACCGAUUCGGGUUUUAGUCGCUAGGUGAGAUAAUACUGUCCUUCGAACCCCUGUCUGCCCCUUGUCAAUGGCCAUCAUGAUCCCUCUCCUCUUUGGCAGCAGUAGCCUCAGGGCAAUGAUGAGCAGGAUGAAGUUAGAAAUGACUCCGCUGUCUUUUCUCUUUGCUCCCCUGCGAACCAGCGCUGUGUUGUCUGUAGUUGAUUUUGUUGUUGUUGGCAGAGAAAUGUCAUACUUCCCGGGUUGUGCACUCUUCCUUUGCACCCUUUUCUCUGCUCUCCACCAAGUGUAAUAAUUCUAAAGAAAAAGACGGGCAACAUAGCAAUAGUGGAAGGCUGAGAAUAAUAAUCAGUAGAGUCAUGAAUCUGGCUGGGGUAAAACGCAAUUUGUAAUUUCAGCUUCGGGUUUUUUUUUUUGUAAGCAGAGCAAAAGUACCCCCCCAUGGAUUGGGCUUGUGCCAGUUGCUUUUUAUUGUACACAUAAAUUGUGAUAAGAUUUGUUUGGGGCUUGUUUUUUGGUUUUUUUCUUUCAUUCUUACCCCAUUAUUCCUGCGGCUAAACUGUUCAAAUUUUUGUCUUCAAAAUUCUUCGGGUUUUUUUCUUGGUUUAUUGUAAAACCUCUUGUCCAGGCAUGGCUGGACAACUGCUUACUUUGUUUCCUGACCCCUCCAAUACGACAUUUUCUUAAAAUAUUGCCUGAGGUGCGGUUUUGGGUUACAUUAGCGUUUGAUCUAUUCAGUCGUAUUAGCAGGAAUCAAAACGACUUGUUUCUGUUGUACUUGAGUCUUACGAAAAGGUGCCCAUAGUUUAGCGACAGUUUCCAAAGGCUUUAGUACCACCUGUAUUACAAAAUGGGGGACCCAAACUCCCGGAAGAAACAAGCUCUGAACAGACUUCGUGCUCAGCUUAGAAAGAAAAAAGAAUCUCUAGCUGACCAGUUUGACUUCAAGAUGUACAUUGCCUUUGUGUUCAAAGACAAGAAAAAGUCAGCGCUUUUUGAAGUGUCUGAAGUGAUACCAGUCAUGACCAAUAAUUAUGAAGAAAAUAUCCUGAGAGGUGUGCGGGAUUCCAGCUAUUCUUUGGAAAGUUCCUUAGAGCUUCUGCAGAAGGAUGUAGUACAGCUCCAUGCACCCCGCUACCAGUCUAUGCGCAGGGAUGUGAUCGGCUGUACCCAGGAGAUGGACUUCAUUCUAUGGCCUCGCAAUGAUAUUGAAAAGAUAGUCUGUCUCCUGUUUUCUCGGUGGAAGGGAUCUGAUGAACCCUUUAGGCCUGUUCAGGCCAAGUUUGAAUUUCAUCACGGUGACUAUGAAAAACAGUUUCUGCAUGUUCUGAGCCGAAAGGACAAGACUGGAAUUGUUGUCAACAACCCUAACCAGUCAGUGUUUCUCUUCAUUGACAGACAGCACUUGCAGACUCCAAAAAACAAAGCUACGAUCUUCAAGUUAUGCAGCAUCUGCCUGUACCUGCCACAGGAGCAGCUCACUCACUGGACGGUUGGCACCAUAGAGGAUCACCUCUGUCCUUACAUGCCAGAGUAAGGUACUGGCCAGCAAAAUGGGGAAGAUCACAGAGUGCAGCAGUGGAUUUUCACUUUCCUCACCACUUUAUUCUUUCAGAAUUUAGAAGAAAAUGGACUCAUGUUCAGAACACUAUACAUUGUGAAACUUGAUCAUCCUGGAUUUUUUUAAUCAUUUGUAUCUCAGAACUUUGCAAUUUUUUUUUUAGAUGUUUUCUGCAUGGACCUUGUGAAAGAAAGGAUGCUCUGCACACUUCUGCACUGCAUCAGCAUCUUGCUAAAAUGUGAAAUGAAGGGACUGUACAUUGAAACAAAUGUAUCCGAAAGCACAAGGUGAUCAUUUGUGGUGGUGUUCCCAUUUGUGCUGGUCAUGCCCCCUAACAUCUAUAAUGUUAACCAUCAGUAUUUGGAGGGUGAGAAGUGAAUGUAACGGGUAUAAAAGCCUUAUAGCUUUGCUUUUAAUGAUUGUAUUGAAGAGCACUAUCACUUGUUUUAAUGAACGAAAAAGUGGUUAUUACAAUAGGACAUAAAUGUGGGAAAGGAAUCUUUCUUAAAAAAAAAUGCAUCUCAUUUAAUGUGUAGGCAUUUUUUGCCUCUUUUGUUUUGCUUGGCCAUGUCUAAGUUUACUGGCACUUUUGUUUUGGAUCUCUUUCCCCAAGUUGCUGUGUAACUGUAUGAAGGUAUUCUUUUGAGUUGGAUGCAUUUAUACAGAUGAGGCAGACCUGGAGUCUGAAGUUGCUAAAGCAGCUCAAAAAAGGUAAAAUAAUAGCUGCAGAAACAAUGUUGGUAGCGGAUUAUUUUUUCUUGAGAGUUGAGACUUGUAAACUUGCAGGUGAACUGUGCAGGAAAUACUGGUUUCUAAAACAUUUCUUAUGGAAAACCCAUAGAGGUUUUUUUUUUUUCUUUUGGAAUAGACAUUAUAAACCAAUGUAAAAUAGUGUUUGGAGUGUCAAAAGUUGGUUCUGGCAGAACAUUUUAAGAUUGUGCAAUUAUAAAAGGAAGACUACUGUAUAGUUUUGAUGACAAAGAAGGCUCUGCUUAAAGGUUGAGUACUUUACUGGAAUAAAACUGCAUAAGCCUGCUCCCUUUGGGUAAAACUAGUGCUUACCUGUUUAAAACUUGUAUUUAGCUUUUGUUUGGAAUUGGAAAAAAAAAUCGGAAUUUAAAUAAAUUAGGUGAAAGAUGA